AUGAUACCAAGCUCUCAGAUAGCCUCGUCUGAAUGCGAGGAAGGCGAUCUAUGGGGUUCGGAUGAUGAAGCAGGUCUCGAUGAUGAAACUAGUGCAACUUAUCAUCAAACUUUAAAUCAAGAGAACACUACCAUGCAAGAUGAAGAUCCUACUUCCUCGAUUCUCAACCUUCCACCCGAUUCACCACCUGCGAUCAGUAGUAGUUCUCUACCUCCUACCGCCAUCAGACGUCAUCCUCCUGUCUUUCAAGGUGCCUUCAGUCAAGCACGUGUUCAACAACCCAUGAUGAGGUCUUUUACCGAUGCUUUCAAUCAACGUCUUCCAAGUCUCUUUCAUUCUUCAUCAGCUUUACCUACUCAUCCAACAGGUUCAGAAACCGGUUCGAUCUCUCCACUUGUAGAUGAAUUGGAUUUCGGAAAUCUUAAUCCUUCAGCUCUUUCAGGUGUUCGUGAACAGUAUCCUGAAGUGUUUGAAGAAGCUGCAGCAAGGUUUUUGGAAGAUUUUGUGACGGGUCCUUCGAUUUCUCCACAGGAUCCUGCUUCUCCUGAUCAACAUCAAAAGAACAGAGGCUCCAUUGAUUCAAGCUUUGGGUUGAUGGAUAGUAAUCAUCAGGAUGAAGAAAAUGAAGAGCUUUCUGGCUCACUCAAUGAUUCUACGGUUGAAGGACGAAGAAAUAGACCUUUUGUUCGACCUUCAACUACUACUUCUGGCGCGCAAGCUUCAUCAUCAGCACUAAGACUGUCUAUUAGUAGUGCAUCAGGAUCUAAUCUACCUGAAACCGAUCUUUCUUCAACUUCAUCUUUCGCACAACGUAACUCAGAUUUAUCUUUACCAUCAUCUUCAUCCGUACUGAACAACACCAACCAACCCAAACCUAAACCACCGGGUUUAUUUUUACCACCACGUGCACCACGGUUGGCCAAUGAUGAUAGAUAUACUCAGACCCCUUUUAACUCUCCAUGCGCUUCUGGACCUUCAACGCCGAUUCCUAGUUAUCAACCCUUACCUCGUACAUCACGUGCUAAUCGUAAUUCUACUUCACAAGGAAAACCAGAUCGAACUGGUAUGUUAAGUUCAAAGAAACGAAAAUCAACAGUACCAUUACCAGCACCAGCACCACCUCCCCCACCCGCUUCAUCGGUAGCUGAACGUCGAUUAUCAACAGUUCAUGAUAAUUUAUUGAAAGCUAGUGCUAGUGAUGGGAAAAUUGGAACUGGAAGCGAAAGAAGAACUGUUUCAGGUUUACCACGUCGAGCAGAUAUUGAUCAAGUUAGACUUUUGAGACAGAUUAGAGAAUUACGUAGAGGUGAUGGAUCUUCUGCUACGAUUGAAAAACUUGAACAAGAAUGGGAAGCUUUAUUAAGAAGAUCAGAUGGAUUGGAAGCUGCUUUGGAAUUAAAAAGGAAAGCUACGGAACAUUGUUUGUAUUUACGUAGAAUGAAAGAUGCACUUGGGAGUGAGUUGGUAAGAGUUCAAAUUGAAGAAAGUGUCCUUCGACAUGUUCGAGGGAUCGUUGCUAACAUAUCUUCAGGUGAAGAAUGCGCAAAUGAGGUUUCGAGAUGA